AUUUAAACACGCAGGCGGAUUGAAAUGUGUAGCCAAUCGGCACGACCGUAUCUUACACACUUUGUCGCGCGCCGAACAACACUAGUUUUCUCGAGGGUUCGUACUGUACUUGUCCGCCGUUAUCCGUCCGUGCGAUAUAUAAGCAGCGAAGCGCGAAUCGACACUCAUAGUUUUCAGUUUGUACACAUUCUGUCAACAUGCCACCCAAAGUCGGAUCUAAAGGAGCUAAGAAAGCAGCCACCAAGGCCAAGGCCCAGAGAACUGGGGACAAGAAAAAGCGCAGGAAGAGGAGGGAAUCCUACGCCAUCUACAUCUACAAGGUGUUGAAACAGGUCCACCCAGACACUGGUGUUUCCAGCAAGGCCAUGAGCAUCAUGAACUCUUUUGUCAAUGACAUCUUUGAGAGAAUCGCUGCCGAGGCCUCCCGACUCGCUCACUACAACAAGCGAUCAACCAUCACCAGCAGAGAGAUCCAGACCGCUGUCCGUCUCCUCCUGCCCGGUGAAUUGGCCAAACACGCCGUCUCUGAGGGAACCAAGGCUGUCACCAAAUACACCAGCAGCAAGUAAACUGCAACUUUGUAGUUCAUCAAAACAAAACGGCCCUUUUCAGGGCCACCCAAAUUUUUCGAAAAGAUGCCUGCAUUACGGUCUUGAGAAACGAAUGUGUAUAAGGUGUUUAUGGGUUGUGUUUACCUUGUUGAAUUAUUUUAUUCAUUUCUAAGUAACAUUAGUAUUAAAUUGUUGCUUUCGUUUAUAAUAUAUAACAAUUAUGAAUUAUUAGUGUUUAGUAACACCAACAAACUCACUUAGACACACACAAAACACAGUAUUCAGAAGAAUACUUGAAUAUUUAAUGCCCUUCAUUUAUGUACAUUAAAUAUUUACAGACAGUGAAUAAAAGAAAACAAAACAAAACAAAAAAAAUAUCAAGUCAAGGGCCCCACAGAACAAUUUAUUAACAUGAUUAUCACAUACGAAAACAAAUCUGUCUUAGGGCCAGUACACACAGUAAGUCGGGGAUCUUGAUUAAAGUAUUUAUUAAAUGAUGAUACUUAGGCAGCAUAGUAAU